CCAUCACCAAUCGCACCCUCAUUACUACCCAGAUGCCCUCUAGUCACACCUUCGCUAACAACUAUCCCUCGCAGACGCAGUCGCAAAAUGAUCUAGGCCACGAGAUCCUCGAUACCACACCCGAUUAUACCUACCAAGCAAUCACCACUCAUCCAAUCAAACGCCAGGUAUGGCGUCGUAGCGCUAGUUGUAAAGAUCUUUAUGACUUCAGCUUCGAAGAAACCGGUCAAGCUAAGCGUAGAGCUCACCCGCCGAAACCGCUCGAGAAAGCAGUUAUAAGCUUCGAGGAACGUAAAUUAGAGUCUCCCAUUACCCGUUACGACGAACACCCUAUAUAUAGCGCUAGCUCCCGCGACAGUAGCUUAGAGAUACACCAAGACAUUAUGGUACCGGACGAAAAGGUAUAUUCCAGUAGUUAUCCCGGUACCACCUCGUAUUCCCAAGAAUCGGUCGAAGAUCCGGGUAAUUACGAUCUUCGCGAUUCGCAAGACGACCUCUCCCACGACAGUUACGAGCUUAUAGAAAAAUCCGACGACGAUUACAGUACUUCGGGCGAGUAUAAGUACCGAAAACGCAAACCCUUCAACACUAGAAGCUGUAGUUUAGAUUCUAACAAUUAUUUGCCAUCGGAUAGCGAAUCCGAGCACGAGAAACGGCACAAAUGCAAAAGUAGUUCGGACGUACACGAGAACCUCUUCACUACAGAAGACCCGAGAGAUUUUCCGAGGGAAAUCAUCCCGAGGAAGUCGGACGGUAGUUAUUACAAACAAUUCAAGCAACUUUCGAGAAAUUCCAGUGUCGAAUCCAAAACGUCGAAGUCUAGUAGGGAAAGUCUUAAGAAAUCCCAUAGAGAACGUAGUUUUGGCUCUCGCACAUCCAGCCAAGAAUCUCGAUCAGACCACGAAACCAAAAUACCCGAACGUAGAAAUAAAAGCCUAGAACAAAUCGAUAGAAACGGUUUUAUGGAUUCUAGAACGUCCAGUGUUGAAUCUAAGAGCGAAUACUACGACGCGCCUUCUAGAUUCAUGGACAACGUCGUCUUCCAACAUCCUUACGAUCGAAAAAUCAAUUUCGAAAGAAACUACGGUAUUCACAAACUUCCACCACACGACAAUAUGGAAAUCAAUCGCAAUUUCGCACAUGUCCAUUCAAUCAGCCUCCAAAAUGUCGAAACGGAACAAAACAUCAAAAUAAAUCGUCUUUUAGCAAAUCUCGAACAAAAUACUGUCCCCAGAACACAAAAAUCAUCGCAUAGUUACCGAUCUCACACUGUAGACCAUGAAAGACACAAAUCAGAGCCCAUUUGGCCGGAAGAUAUUCCUCCGAUUUGGCCGUCUCAACGGGAGUGUACACAGCGAUCCACAGAAUCGGAAAGUAACAUUUUUAGCUUUGACGAAGAAAAAAUACAGUCGCUUCAAGACAGUCUAGAGUCAGACGUGUGCCCUGACCACGCAUUUAGGGUAGUCCCUGAUAUCAACAACAAAUUAAAGAAAGUCGAAGAACGUAAACCUUACAGAGACGUUUUUAUGGAGAUAGAACCUCGAAUAGUACACGACCUACCGAUGCACCAACCUAUCGAACGGACAAAGUCUGAUCCCAACUCACUAGCUCGUCAAAGACUCAAUUCUAACAACAGAAGAAUGUUAUUGAUGCAUCAAAAGUCUAUAGACCUCACCCCAGCAGAAUCUAGCGAUGAAGAUUACUUGUAUAAGCAGAUACCGAGCGCACCACCUAUCAUGAAGUACAGAGGAACUCAUUUUGAGAUGCCUACAGCUGAAUUUGGACACUUCGACAUUAUAAAGAGAGAAGGAGAGGGCUUGAAAACGAAAUUUGAAGUCCCAAAGAGUCAAUUUGAAGUAUUAGGAGCCAAAACACAGUCAGAUUUGAUCAACUUACCCCCUAAAGACGAAGAUCUGACGUACAUCCUGCAUAAAAGACACGUGAUGAACGGAGCAGCCAGAAAUGAAGAAUUGAAACCGUACGAAAUACCAGAGGUCCCGAAGAAGUCGCAAGCAGAAGUAGAAGAAACCCCCAAGACUGAUGAAACGAAAAAAUCGAAUUUCAAACAAAAGACUGAUCCUCCAGAGACUUCGUUCCUCUUUACACAGAAUAUCGACUUAUCCAAAAUAGAUCCAGUUACGUUAGAAGUAGACAAAAGUCAGUUACCCGUGUUACACCUUUCGAGUCCAAAGAGAGACAUCACUCACAUCGACCCGGUACUAUUAGAAGCUUUGAAUUCAAAAUUGAGUCAAAUCGAAAGCGAUUCUCCUACCAGCUCCAAAACUGAGAGCAUUCAUCCUCUUAAGAAAAUCGUGAUAAUUCAACCGGACAAACAAAUUAUUAAAAAGGAACUUCCCAAACCAGAAGACAAACCUCUUCCAAAGAUAGAAUUGAAAAAGGAAAUCGAAAAACCGAAAAAUAAAAUCAAAACUGACAUAAAGCCGAAGCGAAUUAUAAAACCUAGGAUGCAACCCGGCAAAAAAGGAGGAAAGUCGAACAAAACCAAAGUUAGAAUCACUUCGUUCAGUUCCGAUGAUGAAUCGCUAGAUUCUGAUGACGUAUUUGGUAGCGCAGAGGCUACACCUACGAGAAUAGAAUUCUCGCCUCCUCAGAUGAGGAAAGAAAUGGAAUCUAUUUUGAAAUUUGAGUCGGAAAGGAAGUAUCUUCAGUACACCAUGUCAUCGACGGAAGUCGAAGGUUCUCCACCGACGUCUAGAAAGAAGAAGGAUAAGCAAAACGAGAACGGACUUGAUGCUAUUCCUACAGAGCUUCGACGUAUAUCUGAAAGAUCUUUCUCGAUUCCUAGUUCUGAAGAUGACUUCAAUAUAAAAACAACGGAUCUCCAGCCAGUUUUCACAGAUCCCCUUCCUGAACCACUAGUAACCGUAGAUGAAAACUCCAUGGAUGAAACUCUAAAGGAAGAUUAUUCGACCGACAAGGAAUUGACUACGAUCGACGAUGAAAGAGAAAAGGAACGGGAAAAACAGUUACUGCAAGCCGAAAUAGAGAACGACUUGAAAAACUUGCAAGUGCCUUCGAAGACAAGAAUAACCGAAAUACCCUCACCUAGCUUAAGAAAACAAGGCCAGAGUCCUUUGUUAUUUGCUCACGCGCGUUUGAAUCUCUCGGAGGGGUCGGCCUUUUCCCUCUUACAAAAGCAGCAAGCGUUGGAGUCUCCUAUAGCCGGUAGAAGAGCUAAGAGCCUGGACGCGCCUGUAAUAGCUGUAACUAGGUUACCACCGCUGAAUGCCUUUUCUAGUAAAGACGAUACUGUAGCCGAAGAAGACCAACAGAUGACGGACAGGGAAAGCGGUUUAGAAAACUAUUUGGUGAGCGAUAAAUCGACGGAAGAAAAAUCUGACACGGACGACGGCGGCUUUAGAGCACCGGAAAUAAGAACCCCCUUACCAGACGAAGCUCCCAAUAAGCCUCUUCCUGAUCCUCCAAGACCACCAAAGCCUUUGCCCAAGAUUCCUACGAAAAUAGCUAAAACAGAUGUCUUGAAAAAGGAUCCUUCUUCGAUCAAUGAGAAAGAACGAGAUCAAAUAGUUCCAGACGUUACCAGUAAAGCAAAGAAAAUAAGCAGGACCACUUUGCAAACCAAGCAUGCUCCGAAAGUUACCAAAUCGAAACCGCCUAUAAAGCCUUCGAAAGAAAAAGAAAAACUCCCACCCAAAUCAGUACCGGCCAAGAUAAAAGUUACAGCUAAACCGGAAAGUCCAAAAACAGCUAAACCUGUACCUCAAAAGGCAUCAUCAACAGAAGGUGUUACCAAAACUGAAAAAGACGAACAAAAAUCACUGUCUGCUCAAAAUUCUUUGAAUCUUCCCGAAGUAAAGAGAACGAAGAGUCAAGAAAUUGAGCCUGCAAAGAAGACUAUACCUAAAGAAAAGGCAAAGUCGCUGGAAAAACUAGAGCUGAAGAGAAUAGGAAGUAAAGAACGUACAAAGUCUCAAGAAGACUCUGAACCAGACGUAGCUAAGAGAAUAGAGAAGCAACAAAUGCUGUACGAAAUUGCUAUACAACAAACUAAAACUUUAAAAAGUCCUGUCAAGGACGUUCUUCCCGUUUUUCCUCAAGUAGAGGAAAUGGUUAGGGAACGUGGAGGCAAGUUAGAAAUCAGUAUUAAUACGAUUGAACCAAACGUGAGUUUAGAGGAAGCUAUCAUCAUUACGAAGUCUCCCAAGAAACUGGACAAGAAAAUGGGAGAAAAACUUACAAAGAGUCUGGAUCUAAACGUAUCCGACGAUAACGAGAAGGCUGUAUCACGUCUUGGCAAGAGUUUGGAUCUAGAAAACCGCCAACAAGACAGCGAGCAGUCGGGAAAUGAAUUUGACUUUAAACCUGAAACGAUCAAGAGUAUUCAAGCGAAAGAUUUGGAAGAGAACUCACCUGAUGCUGCAGUAGUACAAGAAACGAUCACCGCAGAUGUUCAUACAGCUCCAGAAGCUACAGACCAAGAGAUAACCGUAAAAGAAGUUGUUCGAAAACCUGACGAUUUUUUUGAAAAACGUACGUCCCCGAAACCUCCAGACUUGGGCAAAGUUGACACCAAAAGUUCUUCAGACUCGCAGAGUAUAGAAAAAAUGAGUUUGGGUGAUUCGUUGGAUAUCAGAUACAUUGACGAAUCUACAGGUGAUUCUUCGUAUAAAUCCGAAAAAGAUGCAAAGCUAAUUGCAGAAAUGCAAAAAGCAUCAAACACCGUAAGUAAGUUCUUACGAAAGAAAAUAGAAAAGAAAAGACUUGAACAAGUUGUACGAAUAACUAGCGAGGAAGAGUCUCUAACAGAAGUUAGUGAAUUGAAAGGUGAAAUCGACAAGAAUCUCCUGGUAGUAUCGGAAGAACAAAAAGACGCGUUGCACAAACUCAACAUAGAAAGAAGCAGAUCUGAAGAUACCGGAUCUUGGAUAACCGUCGAAUGUGAGGAAUAUAUGGGCACGGAAGAAUCCCUUGACUAUGAUAACGUCACAUUGGAAUCGCCUGAGAAAAAUCUAGACGUAGAAACCGAACUGAAAACACCAACAAACAUUAACUUACUAACAGCAACUACAAAAAGCAAACUAGAUAUGCUAAAACGAAGCUCCGACCAGUCUAGAUCGAGUGAUACAGGCUCCUGGACCAGUGGAGAAAAAGAUAUUUCCCCCGGAAAGGAAAUUAAAGAAACGGACGAAUCUAGCACCAGUUGUGCCAUUGGCAGAGCUAUAGGACUAAGCCAAAACAUAGAAAUGUUCACGACAAAGGAUCUAUUAGAUAAAGGCUCACCUUCAGAAUCGGAAGGUCCGAAAAGUCCUAGAAGCCCUAGAAUUUGCGUAUUAGGUAGAGCUUUCACCAUAGACGAAGGUUCAUCUUCUUUAAAACUCGACGAUUCAAGUUCAGACGAAGCUAAUGAUAUUCCCAAAGAUCUGACGCCUAUUCAGGAAAGCCAAAAAGAAGAAAUAGAAGAGCCGACUGUGCAAAAAAAGUCUCCGUAUCCUUUCGAAGAAAAAUGGUCCAACGAUUCAGAAUUGAGUCAACGCUUGCAUUUGAAACUAACUAAAAAGCUGUCGUCUGCAGAGAAAUCGUCUAUAGACGAUUCUUUAUCCGACAGAAGAAAGAACGGUAAUGUUUUAGAUAAGCCUACUCUUUAUUUAUCGGAACGCUUGUCUACAGAAUCAAGAAAUUCUCUAGAUACUGAGUCUAGCUCUGGAAGUAUCGGAGCAGCAUGUAAAGGAACCAAAUCUAACGAUAUUCCUAAAGGGCUUAGUUCUACUUGGAAAGCUUUUCCCCUAGACAGCUCAGGUUCUGAAAGUUUCGAGGAUAAUUUGCUCCCACCCGAUCAGGAUUUAGAACGGGAAUAUUUUCUUUGUAAGGAUAAUAAUGGAGACUAUUCUGCAAUGUCCGAUGUUUACUACAAACAAGACAGUGAUGCCACACCUACUAAAGAUGACACUGAGCUACCAGAAGAUCUGGCUAACUUCCCAGCCAACUUCGGCUAUCCUCUGUCAUCGAUGACGGGUCUUGGAUUGUCCGGGCCUGAUAUAUUACAAGGAUAUGCCGGUGGAGGCUACAUUUCGAGAACUCUAUCUAGAAUAUCCGAAAGAAGUACCAACUCUGAAAAAUCCAGCGUCGACGACGAUUCCACCAAAGCUAGUACUCAAAGUGACAGCUUAAAUGACGAAUCUCUUGCGUCUAGCAACCCUCAAGUUAGCAUCAGCUCUGAGUCGCCUAGUCAUGCGAGACUGUCAGAAAAUGAAAAGAAAACUCCCACAAACAACGAGCCGAAAGAGGAGGAUGAUAAACUUAGCGAUUUGAGCAAACCCAGUGAAAGACAAGAACCUCUUCCACAUCUGGCCAGUUUACUACAAAGGCAAAUAUCAGACGACAGAAGAACGUCGGCAGAAAUGGCUGAACUAUCAAUGGAUGACAUUGAAAUAAUAACUUCAGAAAGAGGAUUGAGAUUGAGGCGACAAGGUUCUGAUGAUACCAUCAUCGAUGAGGAGUGUUUCGAACCGGAAGCAAGAGAGAUCCGGUCUAGUAGUCAAGAGAGCGAAGAUUGGCCUCUCCCAGAGAUUCCUCAACAGGGCCAAAAGCUUCUCGCGAUGCACGAAUUUCCUAGUAGUGAUACUUCUCAACAGACGACUCAAGUCUUUAGACCUCCUGCAAAGACCAUUCCGAAAACAUUCGGUUUGAAGGGUUCUUUAAAGAGUCAAGACUCGGAACAGUGGCCCAGUCCACCUUCGAGCGUUGUAGAGCCUCCUAUAAUAGGCAAUGUAGAAACGUUCUAUAUAACACCACCGCAAGAAGCGUAUAAAGUUGUAGUAGAUUCGAGUACCGUUAGUACUUACGACAACGACUCUAAUUCAGAUAACGAAAAUAGAACUAUAGAUCCUGACACGGAAAAAACUCAUACAUACGAAAACGUAGCUUGUGAAAAUAUUAGCGAAAGUAUUUCAGAAAGUUUGAGCGUAGGUCCAAGUGGAGUAAAGAUAAUAUUGGAAAAGAAAUCACAAGGAUCGAAUUCUGACGAUGACCUGAACAUUUCGAAUCUUAACGAUGACGUUUUUGUCGACGCUCUAGACAGUAGUAAGCAUGAAUUAAGACCGCCUACCGCAAUGAGAAGAAGUACCGCUUCUGACGAUUCCUCUCAUUCGCACAAGAGCGAACGGAAAGGUUCCAGAGGCUCCCACGGUUCGUACUCCGAAGAGGAUUGUACCAGUUCAAUGGGAACGAAUUUGGAAGACGGUACUGUUAGAUAUGCCCUGAAACCUACGAAAUGCACGCACAGUUCGCAUUCUGAAGAUACGUCGAUAGCUUUAAGUCUGUCCGAGUGGUCAAACAGCACAAACACCGUAAAGUUCCAGAAUUUAUCGAGUACCAGCGGUACUACUAAAAGUAGUUCGGGUUUAAAAAGCGAUGAAAACUCUUUGACCGAUAUUGCACACUCCAUAUCCGAAUGGUCGAAUAGCAAUACUAGUAGUACUUUAAAAGCACAGCAGAGUCCUGGACUUCAGUUUCAGAAGUUAUCGUCGACGUCUACAGGGGAUAGUACUUUAACAGAACGAAUGUCUAAUAUUAGUGACUGGUCGACGUCAGAAACGAAACCGUUCUUCCCCACAAGCAUACCAGAACGAAAUGCUCCCACUAGAUUAGGUUCUAGCAUCGACAUCGAGGAAUUCUCGCUUAAUGCGGAUCCUAAAGGAGUACCCAGUCCUAAGAACAUACCAUCCGAAGAUCUAGCUUUAUUGUCUACCACUAUACCAACUAGACUAGAAGUUAAAUGUUUUUCUAAGUCGUCAACAGAGAGACCCAUAGUUAUACCACAAAACUUAUCCGAUACAGAUAAGUCGAGUAGCUCAAUGGAACAACGAACAGUCCACACACAACGGUACGACAAAGACAAACAGAAGUACAUGCAGAAGCAUCUACCUACGAAGAGUACUGAAAGACCUGUGAAAGUACCACUUAAAUUAUCGAAAUGUUCGCCUUACUAUUCUAGCAGUCUGAGCUCUGAGUCGACGCCUUUGGCUGGUACCAGUCCAGUGCCAGCGGUUUACAAGACAGCAACGGUACCACUAACUAGAACUCACAGAAAACCGAUCACCAAGACCUUAUGUCAGGCUAAAAGUCCUCCAAGCGAGAACGACUCCACGAGCAGUGUAGAGUCGCCUAAGAGUAAAUCCGAGAGAGAUAGAAGGGGCUAUAGGAGGAAAAGACAGAUGCAAAACCAGCGUAGGGCACGAUUGGAGAAGGAGCAGCAAAGUGUUGACGAGUACUACUUCGUGGAGCACGAAGCGGGUUUAACAGAGUACAACGAGUACAUUCGAAAUCGAAACAUGGAGGAAAUGGCAUCGAAUUUUCAGUACGAGAGCGUUCUAGCAGAGGAUAGUCCAAUAAUGCAGUACGCCGAAAAUUUAGAAGAAGGGUACUACCCUGACGAUUCUCAAUCGGGCUCGGACAUUAUGAGAAUGGAACGCGAAGAUGAUGAUCGUUUCGAGAUUGUUGAGGUCUUCGAUGUCAAUAACAUUCCUCCGCCGUUGCUAGAAGACGAUUACGAAAACGAGGCUUCACCGCAGAUUUGAUUUUAAUGACAUUUUGUAGGGGUUCUUGAAUGGGUACGUCAUCGUAUUCGGUUGUCUUUUGUUGUUCGCGUAUUUCGUUUUGAUCCUCUUUUACCACUUGUUGAUUUUUCUCGGGGUUUUGGAAGUUUGUUGGUAGAGUUCUUUAAACAAACUAUAUUUUUAGGUAAACGUUGAGUUUUGUUCGCUAAUAAAAGUAAUAAACUCAAGGCAAUAACAAAGGACAGGAAAUUUAAGAAUAUAAUGGUAUUUUUUUCUAUUUUUGACGAAUUUUGCCUAAAAAUAACAAAGUAGCUGAAUAUUUUGGAAGGAAUGCCAAGGAAUUUUUGUUCGUUUCAAAGAACUCUUUAAUUUGUCUCUGUAGGUAGUUUUUUGUUUUAAAACGUGUCGAGUAGUACCGGUUAGUAUCGAGUAUUCCUAUCUGUCCUUCUGUCGAUGUGAUCUAAUAAUACCUGUUUUAGAUAGACCUGAACAUACAAUAUCUAAGGAACUAACUUUAUAUACAGGGUGAGUUUGUAGUGAUAUUCCCUAGCUAGGCGGAUAAUAUGCCGACUUUUCCAAGGCGAUUUUGCAAGACUACAUGGUAAAACAAACCUAGUUCUUUUAAAAGGACACCCUAUUAAUUUUCUCAUAUUUAGAUUCCUCUGAUAAUCCCUGUUCUUAUAUACAGGGUGAGGCAGAUAAAAGUCCUAUUAUAAAUAUCUCUAGAACUAAAGGCAACAGGAAUAUGAAAAUCGGAAUAAAGGGGUUUUGAAGAGUGAUCUAUUCAAUGAAAAUAUUUUCAUCUAUUUGCUACUUCCGGUUAUACCGGAAGUUGCUUAUAACUUCGUUUUUUUAAAUGGGACACCCUGUAUAUUUUUACAUUUUUGGAUUCUCCUCGAUGUCCACUUUCUUAAUUUAUUAGGUUUUGUAGUAUACAGGGUAGUUUAAAAGAUAAUUACUUUUUUUUUUUCUUAAUUUCGUAGCAACAUUCACACCCUGUAGAAUUGUAUUAGUUUAACAUCGAAAA